AUGUGGGCAAAGGUGGCAGAAGAAAUGGCAGUACCAUGGCGAGCCGUCGAAGCCAUGCACUGGCAACUGGGAGAACAGGAAAUGGCUAGACGUGCAGGAGUGACGCCAUUCUCACUGGCAAGCACAGACAAUCUACAGCAGCACCAGAGUUCUGCGGGCGGCGGCAGUAGUCGGGGAUCACACCGGGGCCAUGGACAUUCCCGUUCCCAAGGCAGCAUAUUUCGAGAGUCCAUCGAUCCGUCGUCGAGAGCCAGUUACGGCCGAACCGUCAUACCCCCACUGCCGCCCGGCCCGUCCCCUGGCCCGCCGCCGAGUCGAGCCCUCGGCCCAGUGUCACGCGCGGAACCGCCAGCCGGAGUGGCCAUGCCCAUUAUGCACCCCGAACAAGCCGAGCCGCUCAGUUAUUCACACACGGGCGGCCCGCUGGCCCCUAUCCAGACACAAAACAGCCAGUCCCGACCUGGCAUGCUCCCAGGCCUAGCGGAACUAACUACGGGAGUGAGCCCCUACAGCACACCCGCGUAUUCCGUCGGGGCGCCCACUGUGAGUCCCGCGCAGAGCUCGACAGCAAGUCCCGGUCCCUUCUUUCCAGCCAUGACCUACCCACCCCUCGACGCAGCCAGCACGACAAAGCGCCGGCGAAGUCCCGAAUACGGACCGCCCGAAAUGGGCAGGAGAAGGCACAUGGAGUCGGGAUUCGAGCAAUCAAUACCGAGACAUGUGCCUUGA